AUGGAGAUUAUAUAUGGUAAUAAAUAUCCAGAGAGGAUUUCUGUAGAAAGACGAGCAAGAGCAGUUUUAAUAAUUGAAAUAGAAACACAGUGUCAGUCAAACGUGUACAAAGCAGUGAACACUUCUCCAAAAAAAAGACACAUUUCGAAACCCAUAAAGUUCAUACAUCAAACUUUCACUCUCUUUCUUUACUUUAGUUUCCUCUUCUCCCUUUCUUCUCUGCUCUUCUCCUUCCACCAGUUCGAAGUUUGUGAAAAAAAAAAUGAAGUGGGUGUCUCUUGGUUCUAAUGAAGAAUGGAUUUUUGUUCCCAGAAGGCUUGAUUUUUGUUUUGUGUAAUUAUGUUUCACAUAGGGAAUUGAAUUUGUGCUUGAACAAAUUAAGGUUGGAGAAAAAAUGAAAUUGGUAUUUUCUGGUUUUGAAUAUAAGGGGGGAAUUUUUUUGUUUGAAACCCUAAUUUUUGUUUAAUUUUGGCUCAAACGGGAACUUAGUUUUGUGCAUAAAAGAGGGUAAAGUGGAGUGACUUGAAGAAAAGGGGAAAGUGGAGUGACUUGAAGAAAAGGGGAAAAGGAAGUUGGUGGAAAAGCUUGAUUUUUGUGUAAUUUUGGUUCACACAGGACACCGGUUUUGUGCAUCAACAUGUCUAGAAUUGAGCAAAUUAAAAUGGGUAUUUCUUGUUUUCGAGGAAAAAGGGAAAGUUUUGGUUAAAAAUCCUGAUUUUUGUGUAAUUUUGGUUCAUACAAGAGGUUGCUUCUGUGCAUAAAAGAGGGGAAAAUGGUGGAAAAGCUUGAUUUUUGUGUAAUUUUGUUUCACAUAGGACAUUGGUUUUGUGCCUAAACAUGUCAAGGAUUGAGUAAAAUGAAAUGGAUACGAGGUAAAAGGGAAAUUUUUGGUUUAAAACCCUAAUUGUUUUAUUUUUGCUUUAUACAGGAGCUUGGUUUUGUGCAUAGAAGAGGGAAAACUGGAUUGAUUUAAAUAAAAAGGGGGAAAAAUACUUUGGCUGAAAAGCUUUAGUUUUGUUUGAAAUGGAAGGAGGGUUAGGUGGAAACACCGGUCCAACAAAUCCCAGUGAUAAAUCUAAAGUUUUGGAUGUAAAGCCACUACGGACAUUGGUUCCGUUAUUCCCCGAGCCACCUGAGGGUCCUCCUUUUGUCUGUGUACCUCCUAAUGGCCCUUUCCUAUCUGGGUUUUCACCAUUUUUCCCUUUUAGCGGACAACAAGUAUCCCAACCUACACCUGACCUUAACCAAAAUUUCUUCAAUUCAACUGCUGUUCCGCUUCGGUCAGUUAGAGCCGAACCAGUACCAGCUUCUGGCAAUGGUAGUCAUAAACACAAGUCAGCUGGACCAAGUUCUGUGAAGAAGAAAGCAAAGAGGCGAAAAGAUUCAGAGUCUGUAUUAACUUCUCUUAUGAAUUUCAAUCCCGGAAUCAGUUUAUCCGAACGAGAUGAUGGUAACAGGCAAUUGGUCGAAAGUGUGCUUUUGAGGUUUGAUGCGCUUAGGAGAAAGCUUAGCCAAAUGGAAGAUGCUAAGGAAUUACAUUCCAGUAUUAUUAAGCGUUCAGACUUGAAAGCUGCCAACAUGAUGUUGACCAAAGGGGUGCGAACUAACAUGAAAAAGAGAAUCGGGGUUGUUCCGGGUGUUGAAAUCGGGGACAUUUUCUUCUUCCGGAUGGAGCUAUCUUUAGUGGGGUUGCAUUUUCCAUCCAUGGCUGGAAUUGACUACAUGGCUAUCAAGAGCGGCGAUUUAGAGGGUGAGCGAGUGGCUUUAAGCAUCGUUUCAUCUGGAGGGUAUGAUGAUGAUGCUGAAGAUCCUGAUGUUUUGGUAUAUAGUGGUCAAGGUGGGAGUGCCAGUAGAGAUAAAGAAGCAUCUGAUCAGCAGCUUGUAAGGGGCAAUCUUGCUUUGGAAAGGAGCUUCCACCGAGGAAAUGAAGUGCGAGUCAUUCGGGGUUUAAAAGAUAAUGUCCAUCAAAUGUCAAAGGUCUAUGUGUAUGACGGGCUUUACAAGAUCCAAGAAUCGUGGAUGGAGAAAGGGAAAUCGGGUUGCAACAUGUUCAAGUAUAAGUUGGGAAGGAUCCCUGGGCAGCCAGCUGCUUUUGCCACAUGGAAAUCUAUUCAGAAGUGGAAAGAAGGUCUUCCUUCGAGGGCCGGACUUAUUAUUCCUGACCUCACUUCAGGUGCAGAAAGCACACCUGUUUCACUCGUAAAUGAGGUUGAUGAUGAAAAGGGGCCUGCUUACUUCACAUAUUCUCCAACUGUCAAGUAUUCAAAAUCAUUCAAAUUAGUGCAACCUUCUUAUGCUUGCAGCUGCCAUGAUGCGUGUCAACCUGGAAAUUCUAACUGCUCCUGCAUUCAAAAGAACGGGGGCGAUUUCCCUUACACCACCAAUGGGGUUCUAGCGUGUCGAAAACCCAUGAUUUAUGAAUGUGGUCCCACAUGCCCUUGUAUUCGGAACUGCAAAAACCGAGUUAUACAAACUGGUUUGAAAGCUCACUUAGAAGUUUUCAAGACAAGAGAUCGUGGUUGGGGUCUACGGUCAUGGGACCCUAUUCGAGCAGGUACAUUUAUUUGUGAAUAUGCAGGUGAAGUUAUUGAUGAAACCAAGGCAAGGCAGGAAAGUGGAGAUGGUGAAAGCGAGUAUAUUUUUCAUACGAACCGUCUCUACGAAUCCUUCAAGUAUAAUUUCGAAGCCGAAAGUAGCGAAGAUUUCGAUAUCCCAUCUCCCGUAAUCAUAAGUUCAAAGAACAGUGGAAAUGUAGCUAGAUUUAUGAACCAUAGUUGCACCCCAAAUGUUUUCUGGCAGCCAGUGAUGUAUGAACAUAACAACGAAGCGUUUCUCCAUAUUGCUUUCUUCGCAAAGAAACACAUCCCUCCUAUGACAGAGUUGACUUUCAAUUACGGUCUUCCGCAAUCAGAGGAGACCCAACCUGACAACCCCCCGGAAAACGGAAGGAAGAAAUGCUUAUGCGGAUCACUGAAAUGCCGAGGUUAUUUCUAUUGAGCUUCGGUUGCGAACUUUUUGGCCUCUGGAAGGAGGUAUCGGAUCAAGCACAGCUUUGUCUAAAAAUCAUGCAACUCUCAAUAGUGCAUUAUAUAUUUAAAUGUUUAUAGCUUGUUGUCAUGCUAUAUGGCUGCCAUUAAAUUGCAGAACUGGAAAACCAUGUUUGAUGGUGAUUUUGUAGUCUAAUUUGUAGAAAUGUGAAUCAAUCAAUGAUUCAAGUUAAAUGGCAAAUUACUUGGUAUUUAAACUUAAAUAAAAUUAAGUUUAUUUUUUUGGUGAAGAAA